AUGGUAUAUGGACUUCACAUAAGAGCGCUGCACAUCAGAAACAGGAGAGACUCCUGGAGGUUCUGGAGGGUAAAUAAACUGAAAUUCAUUAGGACUUACUGGGGAAUCGGAGCCAUGAGCCUCAUUUGCACUUGGAUAUGGGGCCCGACUGGCUUUUUUAAAUUCAAUUUCCGAUUAUUUGUGAACGAAAAACUUUAUAAGUACUUCCCAAUGGACCAUGGCGGCAACGUGCUGUUUCCUUUUAGCUACUUAAUCACUCUUUGCCAAAAGAGCUAUUUGCGUACUAGCUGGACGAGUUUUGACCAAAGAUCCUUUUUCCCUCACUCAGAAGGGUAUAUAGCUCAUGCACCUUUAUGGAUCGACCUCAUUGAAAAUGUAACCGCUCUAAUGGACUUCCUAUCUUGUGCAUCUUAGAAUAGACCCCUCACUAUUUAGAGAAAUAUUUAGACUAUUAUAAAAAAAAUCCCUAGUUUUAAACUAGUUCCAUAUAGUUUUUUAUAUUAUUGUUUUUUUUAAUAAUUGAAAAAUGUUUUAAAAAUCAGCAUAAGAUUUGGCCAAAAGAAGCCAAAUCAUGUUUUACAAUUAAAAUAGUUAUUAUCUCUUGAUAUUUGAAAAAUACGAUUUUCGCGGUAAAAUGUUUUUGGCCCAAAUAUUGGAAAUUAAAAAUAGCGAGUCAAAAAAUUUUUGACAAGUGUGAACCAUUUUGACAAUUAAACGAUCCAAUUUUUUAAAUAUCUUUAUUAUAAAUAUUAAUUUUUAAUUUAAGAUAUGAUUUUAAAUAAAAAAAUGGCAGAUUUAUAGUGACUAUAGGAAAAAAUGUUACCCCUCAUGGAGCAAGCUCCUAUGAAAAGUUUCCUAAUAAAACCCAAUGCAAAGCUUCAUCAUUUUAAAAUGAAUUUUAUUUUACCCAAUGAACUUUUUUUGCUUCGAUUUAUUCUUGGAGAUUUCAUGUUCGAGUUUGAAAUUUUUUUUAGGUAUUUUUGACUUUAGAAAAAAAAAUGGCAGGCUUAUAGUGGCUAUAGGAAAAAAUGUUACCCCUCAUGGAGCAAGCUCCUAUGAAGAGUUAAGGUCUGAUUUAACUGCAAAGCUCGAUCAAUUUAAAGGAAUUUUAUUUUGCCCAAUGAACUUUUUUUGCUUCGAUUUAGUCUUGAAGAUCUCGUGUUAGCGUUUGAAUUUUUUUAUGGUAUUUUUGACUUUUAAAAAAAAAAAUGGCAGACUUAUAGUGACUAUAGGAAAAAAUGUUACCCCCUCAUGGAGCAAGCUCCUAUGAAGAGUUAAGGUCUGGUUCAAAUGCAAAGCUUAAUCAUUUAAUAUAAAUUUUAUUUUUGCCCAAUGAACUUUUUUUGCUUCGAUUUAUUCUUGGAGAUCUCGUGUUCGCAUUUGAAUUUUUUUUGCUUACUUUUGACUUUAGAGAAAAAAAAAUGGCAGACUUAUAGUGACUAUAGGAAAAAAUGUUACCCCUCAUGGAGCAAGCUCCUAUGAAGAGUUAAAGUCUGAUUCAACUGCAAAGCUUAAUCAUUUAAUAUAAAUUUUAUUUUGCCCAAUGAACUUUUUUUGCUUCGAUUUAGUCUUGGAGAUCUCGUGCUCGCGUUUGAUUUUUUUUUAGGUAUUUUUGACUUUAGAAAAAAAAAAUGGCAGACUUAUAUGGACUAUAGGAAAAAAUGUUACCCCUCAUGGAGCAAGCUCCUAUGUAGAGUUAAGGUCUGAUUUAAAUGCAAAGGUUAAUCAUUUAAUAUAAAUUUUAUUUUGCCCAAUGAACUUUUUUUGCUUCGAUUUAGUCUUGGAGAUCUCGUGUUCGCGUUUGAAAUUUUUUUUGCUUACUUUUGACUUUAGAAAAAAAAAUGGCAGACUUAUAGUGGCUAUAGGAAAAAAUGUUACCCCUCAUGGAGCAAGCUCCUAUGAAGAGUUAAGGUCUGAUUUAACUGCAAAGCUCUAUCAAUUUAAAGGAAUUUUAUUUUGCCCAAUGAACUUUUUUUGCUUCGAUUUAGUCUUGGAGAUCUCGUGUUCGCGUUUGAUUUUUUUUUAGGUAUUUUUGACUUUAGAAAAAAAAAUGGCAGACUUAUAUGGACUAUAGGAAAAAUGUUACCCCUCAUGGAGCAAGCUCCUAUGAAGAGUUAAGGUCUGAUUCAACUCCAAAGCUUAAUCAUUUAAUAUAAAUUUUAUUUUGCCCAAUGAACUUUUUUUGCUUCGAUUUAUUCUUGGAGAUCUCGUGUUCACGUUUGAUUGUUUUUUGCUUACUUUUGACUUUAGAAAAAAAAAUGGCAGACUUAUAGUGACUAUAGGAAAAAAUGUUACCCCUCAUGGAGCAAGCUCCUAUGUAGAUUUAAGGUCAGGUUCAACUGCAAAGCUUAAUCAUUUAAUAUGAAUUUUAUUUUGCCCAAUGAACUUUUUUUGCUUCGAUUUAGUCUUGGAGAUCUCGUGUUCGCGUUUGAAUUUUUUUAUGGUAUUUUUGACUUUAAAAAAAAUGGCAGAAUCUUAUAGUAAGUAUCGGAAAAAUGUAACCCCUCAUAGUGAUGUUCCUAUAAGGAAUAAUAUGAAAUAAAUACAAAGCCUAAUUGUUUAAGCUGAAUUAUUAUUUUUAUUAAAGAGCUUUUAUUUUUCUCAAUAUCAACUUGGAGAUGAUGUGCUCAUAUUCAAAAUUUUUUAUUAAUAUUCUUUAAAUUUAAAUAUUAUUUUUAUUAAUUAAAUUAAUUUUAAAUGGACCAGCCAUUUUUUUUCAAAGUCAUAUCUUAUUAAAAAUUAAUUUUAAAAAAUAAAGAUAUUUUUAAAAUGGAUCGUUUAAUUGUCAAAAUGGUUCACACUUGUCAAAAAUUUUUUGACUCGCUAUUUUUAAUUUCCAAUAUUUGGGCCCAAAACAUUUUACCGCGAAAAUCGUAUUUUUCAAAUAUCAAGAGAUAAUAACUAUUUUAAUUGUAAAACGUGAUUUGGCUUCUUUUGCCAAAUCUUAUGCUGAUUUUUAAAACAUUUUUCAAAUUAUUAAAAAAACAAUAAUAUAAAAACUAUAUGGAACUAGUUUAAAACUAGGGAUUUUUUUAUAAUAGUCUAAAUAUUUCUCUAAAUAGUGAGGGGUCUAUUCUAAGAUGUACAAGAUAGGAAGUCCAUUAGAGCGGGUUACAUUUUCAAUGAGGUCGAUCCAUAAAGGCUCAUUAGCUAUAAGUUAAAGGUAGCAAUAUGUCACAACGACUUUCAGCUGGCCGCAUCAGUGCUAAAUCGAGGUUUUGAUAUAAACUCAAUUCUUGACAAACGCAGAAAGUACUCUCCAUUGCUUUUGGCUUCCCAGCUAGGCAAACUUGAAAUGGUCGAGUAUUUAGUUUCCAGGGGCGCUGACUUAAACGCAAGAGACUUUGAAGGAAACACCCCUCUCAUGAUGGCAGUAAUUCAUGAACAAACAGACGUAAUAAAAGCCCUGGUCUCCUUUGGAGCUAAGCUUGACUUAAAAGAUAACUACGGCUACACCGCAAUUGACAAAGCAGAGUCAAGAGGAUACCAAAACAUCGUGAACUUUUUAAGCAACAAAGCUCCUGAAGCAGAAAGGAUCUAUGUGAACCCAGUCACCUAUCUGCUCGAAAGCUAUGCAGUUUUUGCCAAGGAAAACAGCUUAGACCUUGCCAAAAAAUACCAAGUCAAGCAAUACUUCAAUGGAGAAGUGUACCCAUACUUUAAAAACACCCAAGGGAUGCUUCUGUACUUGUUUGGGAAUUAUGAAGAUAAAGACAUUGGCAAACAGUGUGUGAAUUUCUUUUAUCUCAAUAGUCUGGACGACAAGAGCUCUACUGAUCAAAACUUGUUCAGCAUAGGUGAGGUUUUCUCUGAAAAUAUGAUGAAUAAGUAA